CAACACACCCAAGACGGCAUAAUUUAUUUAUUUUAUAUAUUUGGGAUCCAACAUGCCUUGCUCUUCCCUUUAUAUAUACCCAAUGCAAGAAAGGGACCAAAAUUAGUCUCCAAAAUCUUCUCAACAAAUAAUAAACAUCACCCAACACACCAAUCUCUCCACACUCCUCUAAAUGCCAACUAUUUUGCUAACUAUUUUCCUUCUUUACAAUCUUCUUAAUUCUUUCCUUCUCUAUUUGAUCCCCAAGAAGCUCAGGACCUUCUUUCUUCCUUCUUCUUGGUGCUCCCACCAAGGCAAUUCCCUCUUUAAACAACAAACACUUCCCCCCUCCUCCUCCUCCUCCGCCGCUGCCGUUGUCAGAAAAAGAAUGGACUCAGUAGAGCUCGCACGCGUUUUCCAGAUGUUUGAUAGAAAUGGGGAUGGUCGCAUCACCAAGAAGGAGUUGAAUGACUCGUUGGAGAAUCUGGGUAUCUUUAUCCCUGAUCUGGAGUUGACCCAGAUGAUACAGAAUAUAGAUGUUAAUGGUGAUGGGUGUGUCGACAUUGAUGAGUUCGGUGCUUUGUAUCAAUCUAUUAUGGAUGAGCGUGACGAGGAGGAGGACAUGAAAGAAGCCUUCAAUGUGUUUGAUCAAAAUGGUGAUGGGUAUAUUACUGUUGAUGAGUUGAGAUCUGUGUUGGCUGCUCUUGGGCUUAAACAAGGGAGGACUUUAGAAGAUUGCAAGACUAUGAUCAUGAAGGUGGAUGUUGAUGGUGAUGGAAUGGUCAAUUUCAAGGAGUUUAAGCAAAUGAUGAAAGGUGGUGGAUUUAGUGCUUUGGGUUAACUGAUUAAUUACGCCUUCAGUUCUUUAAUUCAAGGUUUGUAAAUAUUUUUGAAUUUGAUCAUCAAAUUUCAGACAAAAGAAAAAUGGUGAUCUGAUGUUGUCAAACAUUGGGUGGGCCACAGUCUGGGUUGUUGACACGUGUUGAAAGGAUGUAACGCCAAAUCAUGAUUGAUCUGUCAUUGGGUUAAUUUUAACCUGGAAAACAAGUGGGAAUGAUGGGACAAAAUUAGGAGGAUUGAAACAAUAUUUUUUGUCACCAAAAAUGACUGCUGAUGGGCAGCUUCAAGGGUGUGUUUUUGUUUUCAUACUUUGUAGGAUUGGCUUGCUGGGUUAUUGUUCCCACUUAUGAUUAAUCUCAGUAUUAAUGUUUUUUUUU